UUAAUGGCCAAUAAAGUGACAAGAAAAAUAAAAAAUGUCGUUAAGCAGUACACUUUCGCCGAAGUUAAAAUUAGGGAAGCUACGUCAAACGAUCCUGGAGGUCCAACGCCAAAACAGUUGGACGAGAUAGCUGAACUGUCGUAUCAUGCGGUGGCCGUCGUUGAAAUAUUAGGAAUAAUCUGGAAGAGGUUGAGUGAUGGUGAGAAACAAUGGAGACAUCUGUACAAGUCACUGAUUGUUCUUGAUCAUCUUGUGAAAUGUGGCAGUGAAAAGGUUGCCUUGUACAGCCAAGAGAAAAUAGACCUAAUUAAACAACUAAAUAACAUAGACCUAUAUUAUGAUGGCUAUGAUGUGGGGACACAAAUUAGUACAAAAGCCAAACAGUUAGUGUCACUGUUGACAGAUAAAGAUAGGCUACAAAAUGAGAGAACAAAAAUGCUUGCCGCCAAACGAACUUUUGCUAAA